GCUGACUACUUGGAAGAAAUUAUGAGGGAGGCCUAUUCACAUCCUGCUGUUGGAGGUAUCAUAGUGUUUGCAGGGUGGAAACCAACAAACUGCAAUGACACCUGCUUAAACAACAACAACUACGACACCUUGCCGAAAGGUUGCGCCAAGUUGUGCCUGCAUGACAACAGAUUCAAGAACUUGCCGUCCGGCGAUGUCGUCGACAAGUUGCUUCAAGAGUGGAAGACCAGAAACUUGAAGGGAGCGACAGAUAAGAAUGGUGUUUUUGAGGAUGCCAUUUCUCAUGGAGAGUACAAUGUGAAGGUGUUUAAUCCAGUUACUGCAAAGAGUUUGAGCAUGCAAGUGAAGGUGAUCAAUGAGAAAUCUGAACCAUUGGAUGUUUGGAUUUCCAUCUGA